AUUAAGGCACAGGCACAUAACAGUAUUCAGAUUUAAGUUAUAUACUUAAUUUCUUCUUAUAUUCUUAUUUAUUUGGAUCAAGGGCGUUGUUUGCCCUUUUGGUAUUAUAACACUUACAGCAAAUUUUAAAUAUUUAAUAUGGGGAAUUUAAUAAGCAUUAAUAUGGAAGAGAACUUUAAAAAAAAUCAAGAAUUUAUUCAGUCCAUGAGUAAAAUAAGGAUGGAGAGACAGAUUCAGUUGCAAUACCAGAUACAGGAGCGUCAAAUGGCAAUGCAAAUAGCUAAAAAUAGAGACUUUUGUUUAUGGUUUACUACAUUUUAUGUUACGGCUGCUGGUGGUUUGUAUACUGGUUUCCGAAGAACAAAGAGGUCCUAUCUUCUAUUUCCACUGAUACCAUUGACUUUUGUGACAUUAUAUUACUGGGACCUUGCUUAUGGCAACAAGAUACAUAGGAUCAGAAUGGAAGCUGAGCAUAUUAUGACUCAUGAAGCAGACUCGUUGGAGUGGCCUUGUGGUCUGCCAUCGCCGUCUUCAAUAGACCAAGGCGUUAUGGAAACAGAAGAGAAGAAGAAGAUUCACCCUCCACUUCUCUAAUGUGAAACACUCUUAUUGGGGGCCAUUAAUUAAUUAUGUCACACUUUAAGGG